AUGGCCAGCCUUCCCGCUCGACAGCCCUCAUCGCGGAGAGCGUCUUCGCAGCGCUCGGAAGAGCCACUAGAACCCUCCCAAGCACCCGAGUCGCCUCUCCACUCCCACCCCCACUCCAACUCCCCAUCGCCCUCCCAUCGCUCGCCCUCACAACAGUCGCGCGAAUCUCGCUCCCCGGCCCGCUCGCGAUCGGAGGAUUCGGACACCAUCUUCGUACACAGCGCAGAGCACACGGCCGACGCGGAAGGCCAGGCCGAGGAACCGCGGGACAUGGCCUCGCCUCAGUCCAGGAACGAAGAGGAUCGCAAAAAAUGCUGGAUAUGCAUUUCAGAUGAGACCGAAGACACGCCAGACACUGCGCCAUGGCGAGAUCCAUGUCCAUGCGCCUUGGUUGCGCACGAAGACUGCCUCCUCGACUGGAUAGCAGACGUGGAAGCGCCCAGGAAUAGGGCAGGUAGAGGCAUAGGCCCGCCCAAGAUCGAAUGCCCUCAGUGCAAGGCGGACAUACGGCUAUCCCGGCCAAGAGACUACCUUGUUGAUGCAGUCAACACCUUGCAAAGACUAGGCGAUACUGCUGUGAUACCCGUCAGCGUCUUCGCCCUCGCCGGUGCUAUGCAACAUUUGAGUGCGGUGUUUGGGACCCACGCCAUAUACGCCGUGUUCGGCGCUGAAGACAGCUAUAGAAUCCUGCAGCCUUUGUUCGACAUGACCGAGAGGGUGCCUCUAGAGGUGUCCGCUAGAGAUCCAGGACAGGUGAUGGAGCUGAUGUCCAACUUUGUGUUGGAACGAGCGCGCAAUUGGAGACUCCUCUUCGGCCUUCCACUGAUCGCACCAGUGCUAAUUCUGUCGCGGACGUCACUUGCAGAUAGCGUGCUACCAGUCCUACCGAUGGUCUUCUGUGCUUCACAAGCACAAUUUUCUGGCGUCUCUCCAGACUUUGCGACGUGGCCUCCUUCUGCAGGCUUUGCGUUUGCGUCCCUACCAUAUGUCCGAUCACUCUACAAAGCUUGCUACAAGACGGUCUGGGCAAAAAAGGAAGAACAGUGGCGCGAAGCGAUAAAGCCACGAGUGAGUCAGCAAAAUGAGGAAGAUGCUGCCGCUAAUAACGGGCAGAAUCCGGCAGAAGUAGCUCUUGAAGGGGAAAACAUCUUCGAGAUACGGAUAGAUCACAAUGUUUGGGACGAGGGUGAUUGGGACGAAGAAGAAGAGCGACUGGUCCAGCAAGCGGCCGACAGACAGCCUGCUGCCGUGCCACAUGAUAUGAUAGCAGGAGCAGACGAGGCCGCCGCCGCCGCACCCGCACCCGUGAUACGAGAUGGCCGAAUACUGAAUGGGGCUGAGCAGGAGCAGCAAGACGCACCAGCACCAGCACCAGCACCAGACCAACCGAACAACGGCAAUGGUCGUCGCCUCUCGCUCUCGGUCAAUCAUGCGCUACAAAGCGUGGUCGGCGCCUUGUUCUUCCCCACCAUCGCCGGUCUCGCGGGAGAAGCCCUCAAGCUCGUCUUACCACACACAUGGGUGGCCGAACCACCUCCCUCGUUACUCUUUUGGAAUCGAAGACCUAAGGGCUUUCUGCAAAAUAAGUGGGCUCGAAGUCUGGUGGGAGGUUGUCUCGUUGUAGUCUGCAAGGACGCGCUGUUGCUCUACGUGAAGUGGAGAAUGGCGCAGAUGCACAAGAGCAGACGGGUGCUUGAUUUUGACAGGAGCAAGGGAAGGGGACCCCUCCGAUCUUCUUCUCCUUCUUCUGGAUGA